GCAUCAGUGCAACACCCGAUCACCCCAAAGCCGACCAGUGCUCCAACAUGAAGAUCGUUCUGCUUUUCUGUGCCGUGGUUCUGGUCGUGGCUGACAAAGAGGCUAAAAUAGUGAACUACCAAUCCAACAUUGAAGAGGAUGGAUCAUACAAAACCGAGUACGAGACAACCAACGGCAUCAAGGCCCAGGAGGACGGCAUCUCCUACCCCGGCAACGUCCCCGAGUCUGGCAACUACGUGAGGAGCGGCUCGUACUCGUACGAAUGGGAGGGCGUCACCUACACGGUCACCUGGACGGCUGACGAGAACGGCUUCCAUCCUGUUGGAGAUCAUCUGCCCGACUUCAGUUUUACGCGUGAACACAUCGGUGGUAUUGACGAAUUCCAGUAAAACAGAACAACACCAAUCGGGGCCAGAACGACUCCGCAUGAUAUUAGAUUCCGAUGCUUACAAGAGAAGACACCGACCUGCAUCCCACUCCCCGAUCCUUCUGCAUACUAUAUUUGACAGUGUUUAUUUCGCCCGGAUUUUAAGCAACUCGACAAUUUUUCAGUGUUGAUGAUGUUAACAUUUGUUUUCAGUUUCAUUAUUUUUCAUGAGUGUUUGUUUGAUCUGUACUUAGUGUCAAUGUUUUGUCGUCGUCCCUUGUGCAUCACUUGUUUCCCUCGUGUUAUAUGUGAAGGUCCUCGUCAACGUAAUGUGUGUCCUUUGUCCUACAUGUGAACUUCAUGCACUUCAUAAUAUGCCAUAAAAAACUGUUACCGUCAUAAAGUGAUCAAAAUAUAUUUUCCUCAGCCAAACUUGAAUUUACGGGACCCUAUUACCACUAAUUUUGACAUGCAUUUAUAUAAAAUAGCUUAUAUAUUUAAAUAGUAGCAGCUUUUCCCUGACUUUAAGGCAGCCUUCAAUUCAAAUAAAUAUUAAUCGAAUAGAUCAAAACAUUGCUUUGCUGAUCUUUUAAAUGAUUUCACGGAGCCAAGUAAUGCUUCCCAUCCAGCCCCGCAGUUGUGUAAUGUGUUGCAUGUGCCUUGGACACUUUCUGUUAGAGGACACUCCGUUGCAGACAGUCAUGACUGUCAACCCGCCCAUUUCCAAACUAAUGUACGGUCGCUGCUACCUAGGGCUGGGCCACAGGGUCCAUAACAGCGUGCCCCGCCAACACCUAAGUGCCUUUUCUAAUUCGCACUUGGGCGGCAGUUAUCAGAAAUUGGCAGACAACGCAGUCGGAAUGAGGUCAAGGCAGGGGUCGUGUGUCAAAGAUGCGUCCGAUGUCCUGCACCCAGGGCGUUUAUUAUGGGAUUAUCUGUCAGACAUUGCACGCGGGGUCAAACACCUUGACCUUGACCUCUGGCCGGCGCGCAGACGCGUGUCUCGUGGGAGGAGAUUGGCGGACAGAAUCUCUGAGCUGUUUGACAUCCGUCAACAGCGCAGGAACAGGACUGGACAGUUCAGGUGUAUAUGUCCAAUUUCAAACAGAGCUGUAACCGCAGUGUGCCAGCGGCAAUCCGGCAAGGGUAGUUGUCCUGGGGACACCGUCCGUCACCUCUCGCAAGGAGUAUAUGACGCACGAGAGCUUCCUACAUCUAGCGAUGCUGAAUUGAAACGCUCCUCAUGGUAGGCAGACGUACUACAGCUUCGCAGGAGAAUUCAAUCGAGGCUUCAGAAAGAAAGAUAAAUAAUGUUUAUGAGCUUGACAAUUAAAACAAAAAAAACUAGUUCAUAUACAAAAAAAAAAUUGUGGUCCAAUUGGUAGAAACCAAAGGAACAAACAUCAUCAUGAAAAUACAAUGCCUGCCCGAAAACAAAA